AUCGCGGUCCGCUUCGCCAGCCAGCGGAGGCUCGCGCGGCUCGGCCUGCGCCUGCGGGUGGUGGUGCCGGGCGGCGGCGCCAAGGCGGCCUGCCUGAGCAAGGCGCAGCGCAACAAGCUGAGGAAGUUCCAGACGCAGGUGUGGCUUGCCGUCACCUACACGGCGUCCACUGUGUUCGGCUACAUGGUGCAGCGCGGCGAGCCGUGGUUUGGGCUCCUGCUCGGCGCGGCCAACCGCGUCGCCAUCCUCUCCCCGCACCCGUACCGCCCGGGGCGCGGGCUGCUGCUCUACUACCAGUACGGCCUCGGCUUCUACCUCUCGGAGUGCUUCUCCCACUUCGCCGAUCGCGACAUCAAGCGCUCGGACUUUUUGGAGUACGUCAUCCACCACUUCGCGACCAUCGCCCUGAUCGUGCUCUCGCACUGCGCCUACGAGCACCGCUUUGGCGCCUACGUCCUGUUCAUCCAUGACGUCAGCGACAUCACGCUUGCGGUGAGCAAGGCCCUGAACUACGUCGUGAAGGCCGCGGAGGAGAGGGAGCAGCGGGCGGCGAGGGACGGAGGAAAGCGCGCCGAGUCUGCGGAGGCCCCGGCGUCCCUCCUCUACAAACUCGUCUUCAGCGGCACGACGGUGCUCGUCUGCUUUGCCGCCUUCAUUGCGACGUUUUUCUUCUUCCGCCUCGUUUGCCUGCCGUCCCUCGCGUUGGCAACGGUGGGGCUUGCGGUGAAUCUGCGCAAGUGCACAUUGUGCUACUGGGUGUUGGUGUUUCUCCUGCAGGUGGUGCUGCAGGGGCUGCACGUGUACUGGUUUGCGCUGAUUGUGAGGGUGGCGGCUCGGACGAUUUUUGGUGGCCCGCUUGCGGACAUCCGCUCCGACGACGACGAAGACGACGAGGAAAAAAGGAUGGCGCCGUCUGGGAAAACAAUUGAUGAGAAAGUGUUGUAG